GGAGUUUUGCGUUGUAUGCGCUCGGCGGAGUUCGCGUGAGCGCGGCGGGGAAAAGGCAAGAUGGCGUCCGAGGUGCAUUCGGAGCCCCCCAAGGCAGGGGAGAUGCCGUUACCAGGAUACGCGGCCUGGUCCCCCAACGAGCUGCAGGCCAAGCUGGCCGAGAUCGGGGCUCCCACGCAGGGUGAGCGGGCCCUGCUUGUGGCGGGGCAGGGGGCGCUUACAGCCUGCCGGUGGGGGGGACAGGAUCCUGCAGGCCUUUGCCGUGAUCUGGAAGGACCCUCGUAGUGUGGAAGCAGCAGGAGGGAGCGGGGAAGGUGCAGUGGGCGGGCGAACGAGGGUAGGGGGGAACAGGGAGCACGGGCAGUUGCCUUAUAUUUAUUUCAGCUUUAUCACAUUUAUUUACACCCCAUCUUUCCUUCCGCCCCCAAGGAACUCUAGGCGGCGUACAUGGUGUCUCCCCCCCCCCCCAUUUCAUCCUUAUAACAACCCCGUGAGGCAGGUUAGGCUGAGAGGCUGUGUCUGGUUCACGCAAUUGGCGCAGUAUUGAACUGCUCUGACCAUCUGCCGUCGAGGAUUUGAACCUGGAGUCUUCUGCAUGCGAAGUGCUGAGCUGCACUCUUUCUAGGAAGAGGGGAGUCAUGGGAGGGGGAUGCGAAAGGGCUCUUAGGAGCUUUGGUGGCAGUGGUGGAAUGCAGCUGAGUGUCAGAUUUUUGCAUUUAAAGCAUGGUCUCUGCCAUGGAGUUGUGGUUCAUCUUUGUAUGAGCCUCUGAAUAAGAGUUCAUGGAUUGCACUUUUAAAGGGGGGAAACACUUUUAAUGGGUUCAGUAAUGUAGGUGAGGCCUGAGUUGUUAUUUCCAAAUUUCAUUUGGCGUGAUGAUGUUUACCUGUUCUGAAAAUUCCUUUAAUGUAUCCAUAGUGGGAUUAGAGACUUUAGAGCUGGUUAGUUUGGCUUCCAAGAUCAGUGAGUUAUUAUUGCAGGGGAGCAGAAAUGUAUCGGAACAGGAAGAGAGGGAGAAUGUUGGAGAGAGGUAGAAGAAUAAGGGAUUUUAGUGGAUGAGGUUGGGCAAAUUGGGAGGGGUUAUGAAGCUGGCAGAGAAUCCUUGGGGCCAGAGAACAGCAGGAAGUUGGGUGUCUUUGGAGGGUGAAUGGUGAAUUGAAGCUUGGUUUCCCAGACCCUAGUCCUACACUUGAAGCACUACACUAUAUGUACUUCACUCCAGGCAAUUGAGACAUUCAAUAACAUAGUUUAACCAGGCAGAAUAACUGGAGGAAGGGUUAGAGCAGGGCCAAGGAGAGUGGUAGUGACCUAGGGAGAAUCACAAGGGCCAGAUAGAGAGGCCUAGAGGGUCACAUUUGGCCCAUGGUUCUGAGUUCCUCAACCCUGCUUUGUGGGGUAGUUAGAGGAGGGAGGUUCAGGUUGUAGUUUUUACAUUUGUGGCAUAUGAGAAAUAGUGUUGACUUGGGCCCUCCACACCAAAAUCCAGCUUUCCAGGGGCUGCAGGUGAAGAGAACAGUGUAUUUGCCAAGUACCAGCAAAGAGGUUGUAUUCAGGCUUCAUCUCUGUGUGCAGUUGUACCUUGGUUUUUGAACAGCUUAGUUCUCGAACAUUUUGGCUCCUGAAUGCCGCAAACUCAAAAGUGAAUGUUCCGGUUUGCGAACUAUUUUUGGAAGCGGAAUGUCCAAUGGGUCUUCCGUGGCUUCCAAUUGGCUGCAGGAGCUUCCUGUAUAAUGGUUUAUGGUCCAUGUAGCCCAGUGUUGUCUAUUGAAAUGGAUGCCUGGGAUGCUUUUUUAGGGAUUGAACCAGCAACCUUUUUCAUGCAAAGCAAAUACUCGAAACUGAGCUAUGUGUUUGUUCUCUCAAACUCACUAGUUGUCUCUAGGUAAACUACUACCACAGCUGUCAUAUCAUGUUGAUGCUGGCUGAACUUAUAGAAUCACAGAAUUGUAGAGUUGAAAGGGACCUCAAGGGUCAUCUGGUCCAACCCCCUGCAAUGAACUUGCCGGUCUUUAUAUAAUAAUUACAGGUGGCAUCCAGUUGAUGUGCGACCACCAACGUGUGGGUCUUUUGGGUUCUAGAAGGUGGCAGGAUGGGCUUAUGCGCACAGGGGCCAGGAAUGAAACUUCCAUGCAAAAUGGCUGCUGCCUGUAUUGACAUAAUAUAUUUGGCCUUGAGCAGUUAACUUAACAAACACUAUACAGUGGUACCUCACAAGACGAAUUUCUCGCAAGACGAAAAACGCGCAAGACGAAAGAGUUUUCCGUUUUUUGAGUCGUUCCGCAAGACGAAUUUCCCUAUGGGCUUGCUUCGCAAGACGAAACGUCUUGCGAGUUUGUUUCCUUUUUCUUAAAGCCGCUAAUAGCCGCUAAGCCGCUAAUAGCCGUGCUUCGCAAGUCGAAAAAACCGCAAGACGAAGAGACUCGUGGAACGGAUUAAUUUCGUCUUGCGAGGCACCACUGUAAUUAAUAAUGUCAACUCCCUGCUCUUGACCUGCAGACAGAAGGGUAUGUGUGAGAGUCUGGGGAUUUUUCCCUAUUGAAGGUGAAUGGGAGAUGAUGAGGGAGUUGUUUUGUUGGUACAAUAUGGUCAGGAUGUUGGGAAUGGUUGGGGGGGUGUGUGUGUCAGAAAUGAGCUUGAGGAGAGUUGGUGCAGGACUGUUGGCCCUAAACUCCAAUCCUGUCAUCUUACCCUAUGUGACAUAGAGUAACCCCAGAAUGACCUCAACGUCUCUCUGUCCUUCCAGGUGGCCGCGAGGAGCUGGUAGAACGCUUGCAGACUUACACACUUCAGGUGAGACUGUAUUUCUUGUGGCUACAAAUGUGACCACCCAGAACACUUGAGGAUAAGAAUGCAUUAAGCUGCCUGAAGGACUGGCUUGUACCCUCUCUCCAACAUCCCCCAAACAUUUAAAGUUGGCCAGGGGAUGGGGCAGGCAGUCAGACUGAAGAAGGCCCUGCUGUUGUCUAUGCCUGCUUCCCAUGUCCUCUUCUUUCUCUCACAAAGCAGAUGGGUGUCCUUUGUAACCUGCCUUGGGACCUUGUGGUGAGGGGCAGGCAAUAAAUUUUAUAAUGGUGUUGAUGGUUGCCUCUACUACUGUUCCAUCUCCUCCUUUACAGACUGGGAUAGUGCUCAACCGGCCAGUUCUGCGAGGAGAUGAUGGAGAUAAGCCGGGUUUGCCCCCCAUGCCAGGCCAGGUGAGUGAUAUAUCCAGGAAACCUCUUUGGCCACUGUUAUGAGACUUCAGUGGCUUCAAGAGAGGCCAUAAGCUCAGAGGCAGCCCAUGUCCUUUGAAUGAAACAGGUCUUGGGUUCACUCUCAGGUUCAUCUCCGGUAUGUUUGUUUAAAAAAUGUCAGGUAGCAGGGCUGUGAAAGACCCAAGUUUAAUAAGGCAACUGAAUACUGGUUGUAGUCAAACUGAAACAUAUGAUCAGAAAUUAUACAUCAAAAUUAAAACUUGACAUACCAAUUAUUAUUAUUAUUAUUAUUAUUAUUAUUAUUAUUAUCAUCAUCAUCAUCAUAAUCAUCGUCAUUAAAUUUGUAUACUACCCUUCAUCUGAAGAUCACAGGGUGAUUCACAACAUAAAAAUACAAAAUGAGAACACAAAGUGCAUAAUAAAACAAAAACAAAGCAAUAAUCCUCCUCCCAUAAAACAUUAUAUCCCAGAUGCCCCCCUUCAGAUCAUCCUCUUCUGAUUACACUCCAGUUUGUUAGAUUACCUCUUAAAAUGUUGCAUCCAAAACUAUGGACAUCUAUAGGACUCUCUAGUCUAGAUCAUACAUGUGGAGCCCUUUUUCUGCCAGAUGUUGCUGAACUACAACUCCCAUCAGCCCCACCAAUGGUCAGGGAUGAUAAGAGUUGUAGUUUAGGAACAUCUGGAGGGCCAGAGGGUUCCCCCCACCUGCUCUUGAUGCAGCCUGACCAAUGCAGAAUAGCGUGGAACCUGCCACAAUGCUAUGCUUGAGUUCAUGUAGCCGUAAAAUGUAUUUGCUUUUUCAGCAGAUGCAUCACCUUCCUGGCUCACGUCCAGCUUGAGAGCCACAAAGACUUUUAGAACUUUUCAUACGUACUGCUUCCAGACGAGGUCUCACCCAUCCCAUAUGUCUGGAUCUUUAACUCCUCUUGUCAUUCUGUUCAUGGGUGGUUGUGUCACACAGGAAUCCUUAAAAACCUGAGCCAAGCGUGCUUCCAACGUCUCCCACAGCUGCCUUCUUCUCUCUUGUCUUGCAGCAUCCCGGGAUGCCUCUGCCACCCCCUCCCAUGGGGAUGCCGCCAAUGCAGCCACCGCCACCUCCUCCGCCCCCUGGCAUGGGCCUCAACUUCCCCAUGGCGGUGGGGCCGCCUCCUCCACCCCCUGGCCUGGGCCCACCUCUCCGUAUGCAGGCGGUGGAUCCCUCUGUGUUACCUGAGGAAGAACGGUUGAAGCUGGCUCAGCAGCAAGCAGCCAUGUUGAUCCAGCAGGAGGAGAGGGUCAAGCAGGUAACAGCUUGCUCUGUUCCUCUGUGUUUGUGUCUCGUAAUGGAACAGCUCCCAGUGACAUGAACUCUGCUGUGCUGCAGAACAUGUUUGUAGCCUGUCUGUUUGUGUUUGUGAGAGAGGGAGCACAAGAGUGAGACCAGAGAUGGGGAGCCUGUGGUCCUCCAGAUGUUGGACUCCAGCUUCCAUCAGCACCCGCCCUUGUGGUCAGUGGUCAUGGAUGUUGGGAUCUGUAGUCCUACAACAGCUGGAGGGUCCCAUCCCUGUUUUAUAUUGUGAACUGAAUGUUCCUACUCACCUCUCCCUUUAGAUCAGUGGUUCUCAAAGGGUGUGGCAGGAGAGGAUGGCAAGCGCAGUGGGAAGAUUCAAGGACAAUCAAAGAAACGUUUAAGUGUAGUAUAGUAUAAUAUCAAAAUAUUUUUAGUUAUUUGCAGAAUAUGGAUAGAUAUAUUUUCAAAAGGAGAGCAAAAGCAUUGGCUAUUCUUCCACAGUUCUCCAUGACAUACUGUUGUGAACAGGGAUUUUUCCAACAGAUUUUGAAAGAUCAGAAAAGAGAAAGGCCUUUUUGUGUUGGUGAAGAGAUGAGUUUGCUUGUCUCAAAUUAGACCUAAUAUAAAUGAGGUAACAUGGCAAAAGCAAACUCACACCUCUUGUUGAGUUUGUAUACAUACUUAUGGUAGAUAUGCAAGAGGCUAAUUUAUAACUAUAUUCUGUUUGAAAUCAUGGAGACAUCAGUCGAUGUAGACAUGCCUGAGCAUGAUGAAUCAAUUGUGUGAUUUGUUAUAAAAAGCUUCCUAUGUUAGAAUCUGUGUGGUUUCUCUUCCCGUCUCAGGCUGCUGUCCUUAUGGAACAGGAGCGCCAGCAAGAAAUGUCUAAGCUGGCCCCCUCUGUACCUCGGGCUGCUCCAGACUUGGGGCCAAGACCUCCGGGGCUCCCAAGAGGUAAGUCCCUUUGCAUCAGAGAAGGAAUUUGGCCCGUUUAUGCAAAGAGGGCAAGCAGCGUCAGGCAGUCUUGCCAGAAUCAUUCAGGGAGGAAGAGUGUCAGACCUCACUUACUCUGUGUCAUUCACAUACUCUUUGGUUAGGAAUUCAUUCCCACUUAUUCUUAUUUCAAGGAACAGCAUAUUACAUGGUGUCGUGGGAGGGGAGCCCAGAAUCCUAUUUAUUUAUUUUUUAAAGAAGAUAAGUAUUUAUGCCCACUUUAAAAAGAGGUUUAUUGGCAAAGGUUAUCCCUCUGAGUCUGUACCCCUCUCAGUGAAAAGCAGGCCCCAAAUUGCAUUGCGCAGUAACUUGUUGAACUGAAGGAAUGGCAAAUCUUUGAAGUUGUUUGCUAAAAAUGCCAGGCAGGGAAUCUUGAGAGAAUCAAAAUGAAACCCUCCCCACAACCGCUCAAAAUGUUAACUCGGGGGUUCUGUGCCAAGGGAUGUUACACCCCCAUCCCAGUUUUAGUGAAGAGCUGGAUAAAUUUAUGGAAGGUGGGACUGUUGGCUUGGUUGUAUGUGCAGAACUAAAAUUGCACUUAGGAAAGCUGAGUUUGGGGGCUUGUAUUAAAAUUGAGCAAAUAUAUCUGCAUAUUUUGGUACUUAUUGUCAUGGAAUUCUACUCAAUAUUGACCCAGAGUAAAUUUCAACAUAUAGUUAGCAGAGUAAAAACUUAAACACCUUGCAGGAUUCCUAAAAAAUAUUCCAGAGGCAAUUGAUAUUUCAUCAAGUAUUUCAGCAGUAGCUUUACUGCUACUGAAGGCAAAUGAGCAUAAUGGUCACAAAUCCAAUACAUUCAGGCAUAAGAAAUCCAGUUGCAGCAGACUUAACUUAAACUUACAAUAACUUAUAAUAAGCCUAAAGCUUAACACUACAUACAGAACCCCACACCAGAAGGAAGAGAGACAGAAAGAGAAAGUGAAACCCAGGCGCCUUCUGGCCUUUUACAGUCAGCAUGACCUUGACAGAAGAGAUAAGAGAACCAGUUUAAACCACCUGUUCCUCUGAAGGAAUAACCCAAACAUCAUGAACCUUCUGCUUGUUUCUUUCACACAGAAGGUCCCAGAAGCCUCUUGAAUUAAUUAGAAUAGGAGAGAUCUCUACACAUCAGACCAAUACUUUCUGCACCAAGAAAUGCAAACUGGCACUUAUAGAGUGGAGUUAAGAGCUAAAGAGGUUGCUCAGACACUGCUCAGUGUUGCUCUCCCUCUUUGAAGCUCUUGAGAACCAAAGGGGCUAGAAACUUGCUUAAAUCAGAGAUUUCAGCCCCACAGGGAACCUGUGGCCUUCCAGAUAUUGUUGGACUACAACUCUUACCAUCCAUGAUGUUGGUAAUGCUGACGGGCUAAUGGGAGUUGGAGUCCAACAGCGCCUGCGGGGCUACAGAUCCCCCACCCCCUGUCUUGGAAUGGGCGUGAAAGCUUUUCAAGUGAUGUCAAAGUAUGCCGGUUCUUCUGACAUGUAGGGAGGUGGCACAUUGACGGUGGCUGUUGCCGUUGGGAGUUCAUUUGCCAAUCUUUUCCUAGGGAACCCCCCUGUGGGCUCGCCCAUUGGACCACCUGGUCCGAGACCCCGUGGCCCCCCACCUCCUCCUGGAGAGGACAGCCGUGAGGUAAGACUGGUUGUUGCAGAUGUGGGGGGGUGGUAGGCUUGGCAGGGUGGCAGGGAAACUGCUUUGGGGAACGGGAGAAAUUGAGCGAGUUAAGAUGAGCUUGCUUGAGCAGGGCAGUGGCCUGUCUAGUCCGGCAUCCUGACCUCCCAGCAGCCAGCCAGAUGCCCAUGGGAAACCAGCAAGCAGGAUCCAAGCACAAGAACCCUCUCCUCUCCUGUGGUUUCCAGCAACUGGUAUUCAGAAGCAUAGCUGCCUCCAGCUAUGGAGGCCAGAGCAUAGCUUUUGUGACCAGUAGCCUUUGAUAGCCCUCUCCUCCCUGAAUUUGCCUAAUCCUCUUUUAAAGCCAACCAGAUGACACAACCUUGAUGGCAGAAAGUGAGGAGGAAUUAAAGAACCUUUUAAUGAGGGUGAAAGAGGAGAGUGCAAAAUAUGGUCUGAAGCUCAACAUCAAAAAACACUAAGAUCAUGGCCACUGGCCCCCAUCACCUCCUGGCAAAUAGAAGGGGAAGAAAUGGAGGCAGUGAGAGAUUUCACUUUCUUGGGUUCCAUGAUCACUGCAGAUGGCGACAGCAGUCACGAAAUUAAAAGAUGCCUGCUUCUUGGGAGAAAAGUGAUGACAAACCUAGACAGCAUCUUAAAAAGCAGAGACAUCACCUUGCCGACAAAGGUCUGUAUAGUUAAAGCUAUGGUUUUCCCAGUAGUGAUGUAUGGAAGUGAGAGCUGGACCAUAAAGAAAGCUGAUCGCCAAAGAAUGGAUGCUUUUGAAUUAUGGUGCUGGAGGAGACUCUUGAGAGUCCCAUGGACUGCAGGAAGAUCAAACCUAUGCAUUCUGAAGGAAAUCAGCCCUGAGUGCUCACUGGAGGGACAGAUUGUGAAGCUGAGGCUCCAAUACUUUGGCCACCUCAUGAGAAGAGAAGACUCCCUGGAAAAGACCCUGAUGUUGGGAAAGAUGGAGGGCACAAGGGGAAGGAGACGACAGAGGACGAGAUGGUUGGACAGUGUUCUUGAAGCUACAAACAUGAGUUUGACCAAACUGUGGGAGGCAGUGGAAGACAGAAGUGCCUGGUAUGCUCUGGUCCAUGGGGUCACGAAGAGUCGGACACGACUAAACAACAACAUAGUUGGUGGCUCUCUUGUGGGAGGUUGUGAGUUAGGGAAUAGGCAUUCUUGCCCUAGGUUGGCUUCAGAUGGGAGGGAGGUUCAAGCAGUCAGAUAUGGGGGCUGCUGGGAGUGUGCUGUCUGGUGCAGCCUGUGUUCUUGAGAGACACAGCUUGAAUGAAAACAAACUCAGGAUUAGACAGAAGCUGAAAGAUCUGCAUUUGGAAACAGAACGAGGCCACUUUUGUCUAAGAAACUUUGUUUCGCCUUCCAGGUUGAUGAGUCCGGCGUGGGUCCCAAAAUCCCUCAAGCCCUGGAGAAGAUCCUCCAGCUGAAGGAGAUUCGCCAGGAGGAGCUCACGGCUGUGCCGAGCGCCACAGGUACUGGGUCGCCUGAGGCAAAGGUUAGAGUUGAAAUUGAGACACGUAGUCAGGGCUGUGGAACCUUUUUCAGCCCAAGGGUUGCAUUCUCUCCUGGGUAACCUUCUGGGGGGCGCCAUGUGCCAGUGGUGGGCAGAGCCAGAGGCAAAAAGGGGCAGAACAACUAAUGUGAAUUUUAGCUUCCUGCAGUAGACUGGUUUGUGCAAGCACUCACAAAUCCUGCUCUAUGAUCCUCCAUUUAGGCAAAUGUGAAGCAUUAUCAGAGUUGAAAGACACAUUCCAGCCAGGCAGAAACACUCAAGGAGGGUGUGGAGCAAAGCCAGUUGUGGGUGUGGCCCGUGGAGAUCCCCAAGGGCCUGGAAGAGAGGCCUGGAGGGCUGCAGUUAACCCCUAGUUCUGAGGUUCUCUAGCCCUGCUGUAGGUGAACUUGUGUGUGUUCCAUGUGGUCACAUGACCAAUAUGGGAGUUGAAAUUUUAGUUCUAACCAGAGGUGUCAGGUUGCCCCAAGAUUGAGGUGUCCCAAGAUUGAGUGUGUGAUGUCGCAUCAACUGGAGGAGGCCAAGCACUCUGUAGGAGCCGGCCACUGAACUUGUGACUCACACGCUCUGGGCCCUCUCAAGCUGGGUUCUGAGACCCACAUCACAUUCUGUGCCUUCUUUCUGCACUUUGCGGAAUGGCAGUAAAGGCAGCCAAAGAGCAGAUUGUGGCAGAUCAUGACUGAGGGGUGGACUUGCCAGCAUGCAAGCUUUCUGCAGAGAUGAUUAGGCCAGGCUUCCUGUAUCUUCUUUGCUACUCAUUCCCUCACACUUGUGCUUUUCCUGUAGAUGAUGACAUGGAGACUGACCUGAGGGUGUUGGCUGGUAUCUCCGCUUCAGAUGCUGAAGACGAUGCUUUGGCUCUGUCGAAGAAAGAGGUGAGGAGGCAGGAACUACGGAAGGGGUGGGGGGAACUGUUGGCCCUCCAGAUGACAUUGUGACUCCCAGUCCAGUGGUUGAGGACAACAGUGUAGUCCAACAGCCUCUAGAGCAGGGGUCUUAAAAUUCUGGAGGCCUGUGAUGCACAAUCCCCCCCAAAUGUCAUAUGCAAACUUUUGUGUUCAUGUGCAUUUUUCUGGGGGGGAGGAGAUCCACAGCUUUCAUCAGAUUCUGAAAGGAGUCGGUGACCCCCCAAUAGGCUAAAGAACCACUAAUGUAGAGAGCCACAGAUUCGCCACCUCUGAACUACUCCCGCCAGCUCUGGCUAACACGACCAGUGGUCAGGGCAAGUUGGCCACCCCUGAACUGCAGCCAGUGGCAGCCUCUGUUUUCUGUAAGCCCCUCUGCAAAGCUGUCCUGGCCUAUUAAGGCGGGCAGAAGCUUACCGAUGGGCGGUGUGUUCAGGCAGCUGUAUAAAAAGGGGGUGGGGGAAGGGGCUCAGUCAAGUGAGACUUUAGAGCAUGAGCAGAGGAUGUUUCCCCCCAGGUGGUAGAAAAAGCCGGUUGCUAAGAACUGGGCUGCCUUGGAGGCAGUGAUGUUGCCCUAUCAGAGGAAAUGUGUCCUGUGUUGGCCCCGCAUCUUUGGGAUGUCCCCCCAAGGGAAAUUCAUUUGACACCCUCCUUGUUGGCCUUUAGGAGAGCCUCACAAGACCUUUUUUAUUCCAUUAUGGUGCUGUGUGUUGAUCCCUGUUUUAUCUGCUGCUGCUUUAAUGCUUUCUUGAGUAUUAAUAAUUUGUGAUCUUACUUUUGUUUGACUUCUUCUAAAUGGCCUCAGGAGGCUAAUUGAUCCAGAAAGUUAAAAAACAAAACAUUAAAGUUGCUGACAAUAAAGUGUGGCAACACUUACUGUCUGGAACUCCCUGCUUAUUGAUAUUGGUGUUGUACCAUUAUUGACGCCUGCUAAAAUCAUUUUUGUUCAGACAAGCCUACCCAGACGUACAAUUUUAUUAUGCAUAUUUGGGUUGUUUUAAGUCUAAUUAUUUUAUUUGUGCUUUCUUACUAGUAUCCUAUUUUAAGCAGCUUAUCAGUAUGUAAAUCUUGUUAAAUCUAAGUAAGUGCAUUUGGUCUGCUUGACAGAAAAACCGCAAGCGACGAAACCGGAAGAAGAAGAAGAAACAGCAGCAGCAGCAGCAGCAGCAGGGCACGUCCCCGAAAGAGAGCCCACCUUCCCAGGAUGCCAAGGGGCGUGGGGAGGACUCUGGGGGCGAUGGCCCAGUGGAAAUUGAGUAUGUCACAGAGGAGCCAGAGAUCUAUGACCCCAACUUCAUUUUCUUCAAGAGGAUCUUUGAGGCAUUCAAGGUAUGAGGAGGGCCUGGGAUUUCCUGAUCUCGUCCCCUGAAUUUACAGUGGUACCUCAGCUUAUGUAUCCUUCCGGUUAUGAAAACUUUGGAAUGUGUAAGCGGCAAACCUGAAAGUAUUGGGGGGGGGGUUGCCGCAUGCGCAGAAGCGCUCUACCGCCAUGUUUGUGCGUGCAGAAGAGGUCUCUCCAGUUGCGAAAACCUCAGGAUCCGGCCAGACCUCUGGAACGGAUCCUGUCCACAGCCGGAGGUACCACUGUAUAUGGGAUAUGAAUGUAACAAAUUGAAAUUACUUUUUUAUGGGGAAGAACCUCAGAUCAUUAGAAAUGGCUGUCAAACAAGUGCAUGUGAACUUUUGCUGAAAACGUAUUAAAUGUAUUAAAGUCCCACCAUCCCUAACCAUUAAUGGUGGGACUGAUGGGAGUCAGGAGUGAGCAUUAUUGCUCCUCUAAAGGGCUUGAUAAGCAUGGCAAGUUCUCCUUACCUUUCUAUGGAAGGUGUUGGACCUAGUUUACAUUAUAAAAAGAGAGAGACUCCACUGCUUCCCUGUGUGUGCGCUUAGUUCUAAGAAGGAGGAACGGGGAGUCCCUGCCUCACCUUUUGCUCUUCCCUUGCCACAGCUGACCGAUGAUGUUAAAAAGGACAAGGAGAAGGAACCAGAGAAAGCAGACAAGGUGGCCAGUUCAGCUCUUCCCAAGAAGAAGGGCUUUGAGGAGGAGAGGAAAGACAGUGACGACAGCUCAGAUGAUGAGCAGGUGAGUGCAUCUCAGGGGUGGGCAGAAAUGCGCUCACUCCACCUUCCCGGGACCCUCGGUUCCUAAGAACUGCUUGCCAGACCCCCUUGAUGAUCUCCUAACACCGGAAGAGUGAAACCUCCAAGUUCAGAAGCAGUCUGCCUCCCGACUGUCAGGUUCCCGGGGUGGAAUCCUUCCUUCCCGAAACUCCUCCUUUUGAGCUUUUGGGAGUCUGCAAGGCGGACAGUGGGGGUUGGGGGGUGUGCUGUGAAAGUCACAGUACUUGAAAUAAAGUGCAAGUUAACGAUAAGAGGAAAUGACGGCCUGCCCCUCCCUACUGUGUGCAGGAGAAGAAGCCAGAGGCUCCCAAACUGUCCAAGAAGAAGCUUCGGCGGAUGAAUCGCUUUACGGUGGCUGAGCUCAAACAGGUAUGAUUGUUGGUGUGUGGUGUGCACGUGCAUGUCUGUUUGGAUGGUAACAGGGAGAGGGACACUGGUACAAUUGAUUCCCUCUUUAAAAGGAUUUGGAUGUCUGCCUUUCCAUCCCAGGAGGCUGUCCCCUCAUUGGUUCUUCCACCUUCCUCCUGCCCGCCCCCCCCCCCCCAAAUUUCUGCCUACUGCUGAUGCAUUUGAGAGCUGGCCCAAAACAGAGAUGUAACUCUUCCAGGAGCUAUGGUGUGUGACACGUGAAGGGUGUCCUAACUGGUGAUGUGAGGUGAGAACAUUCACCGGAGUAUAUUCUCGAGAAAAUUCUCUGCUAGAAAAUUCUCUGGAGAAUAUUCUCCACAAACCGCAAAUUCUAAUGUAAGAAUCAGUUUUACAACCCACAUUUAAAGAACACACUCAUGUAGCGGACCUGAGGUUUUUUUUAAUAUUCCUUUUGCUUUAAAAGCUACAUUUCGUACAUACACAACAUAAUUAGAAUUCAAAGUUGAUGGUAAAUAUACAGUUAGUUGCAGGCUUAGUGAUUAACGUGAGUCAUUCACGUUGAAUUUUCAGUUUCAAGUUUGGUGCAAAAAAUCAAAGAAUGAACUCACUGCAUUGCCCCAUUGAAUAAAAGUAUCUGUACAGUUUUUGGUUGCCAUUUGAACAAGUUUACCCAUGAAUAAACAUGUAUAUUGACUUACUAUAUCAUUUUCAAUGCAUUAAAAUGAAUAUUCUCCUAUUUUAAAUGAAAAGUCUCUAAUAUUUUCAUUAAUCGAGAAUAUUCUCGAGAAUAUUCUGCAAAAGAUUAUUCUCGAGAAUUUAACGUCACUACUCCUAACUGGCUGUGAUUUGUGGAUCUAGAGAGGCUGCUGUGGCUUAAGGUGCAGCCUUGCCUCUGCUGCAGGAUUAAUACCAUGUGCUUAUGUGGAGUUGGGAGUGAGAAGCGCCACUUGCAUGGCGAGAUAGGAAGGGUUCGCUCUGAUCCAAAGGGCAGGAAGAGUUGGCCCCAUUUCAGCCCUGUCCUCCUUGCAGCUGGUGGCCCGUCCUGAUGUGGUGGAGAUGCACGAUGUGACAGCCCAGGACCCCAAGCUGCUCGUCCACCUGAAGGCCACGCGCAACUCUGUCCCUGUCCCCCGGCACUGGUGCUUCAAACGCAAAUAUCUGCAAGGCAAGAGGGGCAUCGAGAAGCCGCCCUUUGAGCUCCCCGAGUUCAUCAAGCGCACGGGCAUCCAGGAGAUGAGAGAGGCUCUGCAGGAAAAGGUCAGUCUGUGUCCCCCUCCCCUCCCAAAACGGGCAGGGCCCUGAAAUUCACAGGAGUGUCAAGUGCUUGCUGGGGAGGGGGGGGAGUUGCUUAGACUGCUCUUCGCUUUUGCACCAUCUGCGUGUACACAAGACCAGCCCAACUGUUAGGCAGAGCGGGUAGCUGCCUCGGGCAAGGAGUUGCAGAACAGAGCUCUGGGCCACACAUGAGCCGCUCUCCUGACCUAGCCAGCUUCCAUCGGGGGCAGAGAGGAAGCCGUCCUGUUGCCCGCCUGGUCUGCUUUUGCACAAGGAGCUGGGCAGGGGCCAUUCUUUGACAUUGGGCAGCAAAAUGGGCAGGGGGACCCAUGACCCCAGUACAGUGGUACCUUGGUUUAAGAACAGCUUAGUUUAUGAACAGCUUGGAUUAAGAACGCUGCAAACCUGGAAGUAGGUGUUUUGGUUUGUCAACUUUGCCUUGGAAUAAUGUUUCGCUUCCUGCUGAGUGUGUCCCAUUUGUAAAUUGAGUCCCCCGCUGCUAUGGGAAAGCAGCACACCUUGUUUUAAGAACUGACUUCCGGAAUGGAUUAAGUUCGUAAACCAAGGUACCACUGUAUUCCAACAGUGGGGAACUAGAUCUGGCCAGUGAACUGGAUCCUUGUCUGCCCCUUUUAGAUGCCUCUGCCAUUGGGCAGCAGCUGAGGGUUGUAUCCAAUGAAAUUUUACUUAAAGCAGAGCCACUGAGAUUAAUCAACCUCUGUUGGUUGUGUUGGUUGCUUUCAGUGAGUCUGUUUUGAAUACGACAAACAUUGGCUACCACCGUGAGAUCCUCAGGAAGCUGAAGUCUACACAUCCCUGGAAUUGUGGCCUGCACACUUUGAACUUGGUGCUAACUAGAUUUCCCAGCAGUUUCAGGGAGAUGGUUAAAUCUGGCACUACCCUGUAGCCUUUGGGCGACCUGUGACCCUUGGCCAAAUUUCAUGCAUCCUGGCAAAGACAGGUACAUGUAGGCCUUCGUUUUGUAACCGCCUUCUUUCGUGUUCCACCCCCUCCUAGGAGGAGCAGAAGACCAUGAAGUCCAAGAUGAGGGAGAAAGUUCGUCCCAAGAUGGGCAAAAUUGAUAUCGAUUACCAGAAGCUGCACGACGCCUUCUUCAAGUGGCAGACCAAACCCAAGCUGACCAUCCACGGCGACCUGUAUUACGAGGUAGCAGAGGAGCCCUCGGUGGAGGUUGGCCCAUGAGGGCAAAUGGGACACUGCCCCUCCGACCUCUGCCAGCCCCCACCUGCCUGUCUCCUUAGUUAGAGCCAGCUCAGCAGGUGGUACCAGCUGUCAGCCUUGCCCUGCUCCUGCAUCGCAGCGCUGCCCUGGUAGAACUCUGCAGGGAUGGAGGAGAAGGACAAGGCUUGAGUUGGUUUGCUCUAUCUGCCAUUGGCUCUGACACCACCCCCUCCCGGUUUCCCUGUUUUCCACCUCUCCAGCCCCGACAAACACCAGUCCCCCUGGCGCGCCAUGUUGUCUGGACAAGUCUUCCCUCUGGAAAGGGUUGGGUGGGUAGGAGGGAGGGAGGGAAGCCAUUUGGAGGACCCAACCCCUUUCUGAUUUCAUCUUCUCUUCCCUGCCAGGGUAAGGAGUUUGAGACGCGGCUGAAGGAGAAGAAGCCUGGGGACCUGUCCGAUGAGUUGCGCAUUGCGCUGGGCAUGCCCGUCGGGCCGGUGAGUGGCAGAAGGCUAAGCCCAGUGGCCCUCCCAGCCACCAGGGCUGACAGGAGGAUGGGCUCUCGUGGAAGGCGGAAUUGGAGGAAAGGUGGGCAGAAUGCGGGCUGCCGGCUCACCAGGUUUCCGAGGCACCUACAUCCUCCAGAUCCCCAUUUUAGCAAAUUCAGGAGUGAAGCUGUUUUCAGGAAGUGUAAAUUAAGCUGGUUGCACCCAACUUUAAAACCCUAAACGGCCUUGGCCCAGUAUACCUGAAGGAGCAUCUCCACCCCCAUCACUUAGCCCAGACACUGAGGUCCAGCUCCGAGGGUCUUUUGUUGGUUCCCUCACUGAGAGAAGGGAAGUUACUGGGAACCAGGAAGAGGGCCUUCUAGGUAGGUCACCUGCCCUGUGGAACACCCUACCUUCAGAUGUCAAGGAGAUAAAGAACUAUACAACUUUCAGAAGGCAUCUGAAGGCAGCCCUGUAUACGGAAGUUUUUAAUGUUUGAUGCUUUGUUAUGUUUUAUAUAUUCUGUAAGCCACCCAGGGACGCGGGUGGUGCUGUGGGUUAAACCACAGAGCCUAGGGCUUGCCGAUCAGAAGGUCAGCCGUUCGAAUCCCCGCGACGGGGUGAGCUCCCGUUGCUCGGUCCCUAGCAUGUCAAAGUGCAAGUAGAUAAAUAGGUACUGCUCUGGCGGGAAGGUAAACGACAUUUCUGUGCGCUGCUCUGGUUCGCCAGAAGCGGCUUAAUCAUGCUGGCCACAUGACCCGGAAGCUGUAAGCCGGCUCCCUCCCUCGGCCAAUUAGUGCCACAACCCCAGAGUCGGUCAUGACUGGACCUAAUGGCCAGGGGUCCCUUUACCUUUAAGCCACCCAGAGUGGCUAGGGAAAUAAUAAUAAUAAUAAUAAUAAUAAUAAUAAUAAUAAUAAUAUUAUGAUGAUGAUGCUAGACCUACUAGCAUUAAUAGACCUAGUAAGUUAAUCAGGCACAUUAAUUUCAGUGGGCCUCCUCUGAGUAGAACAAUCAGAACUGAGUGUGUUAUUUACUUCCUAACUAUUCAGACACCCCACCCCCACAGGAGCUUAUCUCCUGGUUUUGUUUUGUUGGCGGUAAUAAAAUUUGGGGCAGCGUAUUUGGGUAGGAGAUUGUGGAUUGUUUCCUUCCCAGAAUAGGCCGAUUGAAAUUGAUGAAGCCGGCGUCUUCUCUGAGUAGGACUAGCAUUGAAUGCAACCCCGCGGGAGGAGGGGGAGGGCUGUGAGAAUGGAAAGCAGAGUGCAUGAGAUAGCGGGGAAGGGGAACUGGGGGAUUGGGGUUAUGUAAACUGGGAGGCUUCUGUGACUGAUGAAUGUCUUUUUUCUUCCCCGCCACCAACAAGAACGCACACAAAGUCCCUCCUCCCUGGCUGAUUGCCAUGCAGCGCUACGGUCCGCCCCCCUCCUAUCCCAACCUGAAGAUUCCUGGCCUGAAUUCCCCGAUCCCAGAGGUGAGCAGAGUCUUUCCCUUCGUUGCCACCCUGGCUUUUUCUCACUUGCUAGAAAACAGGUGGCCAGUUGACGACCUGUAUUAUUAGUAGUGGCUCUAAAUGGGGCACUGCCCCACCAACCUCUGUCUGCCCUCAGCCAGCCCCUGCCUCCCUGCUUUCUUACAACCAUUCCAAGGGGUGGCAGCUCAGUCUCAGUGUUGCCUUUGUAGAACUCAGCGGGCAAGAGGAGAAUGGGGGGUGAAACUGGAAUGAGUUGGCUCCUCCGUCCUCCACCCCACCAGUCCCAGUGGGGACUACCCAUCAGGGAUUGGUGGGCAGGACCUGUAGCAGGGGGAGCUGUGUCUCAUGCGUGCUGGAAGUCCCAAGCUCAAUCACUAUUGGCAUCUCCAGGCAGGGCUUGGAGAAAUUCCCUUUGAAAUCAGAGAGAGCUGCUUGUAUGUCACUGUAGACAGUACUGAGCGAGAUGGACCAAAGCUCUGAUUUGGUGCAUGGCCGCUUCCCAAGCAGGAGCUGGAGUCUGGGCUGCACAGAUCUCCAGUGAUUCACUUGUCCGUCCCCCACCCCGAUGGCGUCUACUAGGAAAGGCGACUGAAGCUUUACUUUGCUGGGUCCCUCUCUAAAGCCUUGAGGGCUGGAAAGUUGGGCUCCUCAUCUGAGAGUCUCAAGGUGCUGCCUUCCCCCCCCCUCGUACCAAUUUCAGUACUUGUGGAUUACAUCCGGCACCAAAUGGUGUGCGAGUAUUGAAGAGGGAUCAUAGAAUCAUAGUUGGAAGGGGUCCUGAGGAUCACCUAGUCCGGGGUUUCCCAAACUUGGGUUUCCAACUGUUUUUAGACUACAAUUCCCAUCAUCCCUGACCACUGGUCCUGCUAGCUAAGGAUGAUGGGAGUUGUAGUCCAAAAACAGCUAGAAACCCUGGCCUAGUCCAACCCCCUCCAAUGCAGCAAUAUGCAGCUCUCCCUUACGGGGAUCAAACCUGCAACCUUGGCGUUAUCAGACCACGCUCUAACCAACUGAGCUAUCCAAACUGGGGCUUGGAAGUCCCUCACACCACAAAGUAACACCGCAUGAGCAUUGGGAUGGGGGAGCGGAGCCCACAGAACGCUUCCCAGCUCCUCCUUUCCACUGCUGAAUGACUGACUCCCCUCCGCCCCCUUUUUCUCCAGGGAUGCUCAUUCGGGUACCACGCUGGGGGCUGGGGCAAGCCCCCAGUGGAUGAGACUGGGAAGCCUCUCUAUGGAGAUGUCUUUGGGACCAACGCGGCUGAAUUCCAGGUAGGCAUCGGGAGCCUCACUUGCUUGGCGGCCAGGGUCGCCGCCUCUGGGUUUGACCGCUUGUCCAGAGCCCUUGCUCUGUGUUGUGUUAGGAUCUGCUGGCCUGGGAGGUGAUGGGAUCACGUUUUCUCUCCCUCACCAUUAGACCAAGACAGAGGAGGAAGAGAUCGACCGGACACCGUGGGGAGAACUGGAGCCCUCCGAUGAAGAAUCCUCUGAGGAGGAAGAAGACGAGGAGAGUGAUGAAGAGAAACCGGAUGAGACGGGUUUCAUCACUCCAGCAGACAGGCAAGUAGCUGUGAUUCUGGGUCCCUUCCGGCUCUACAGUUCUCUGAUUUAAGUACCUGACGCUCUCUCUCGCCAUGCCUUGGCUGAGCAAGUAUCAGUUUCUGCCAUUGCUGGGCACCUGCCUGGCACCCACGACCCUGCAGAGAGGGUCCACUGCUCCCCCAAAAAGCCCAGCGCCCCCUGGUUCUGUUGCUGGUGAUGAGGAAGUGGCCCAACAUUCCCCCACUUGGCUUGCAUUUUUCUCUGAGCCACACUGGUUGGGGUUAUUGGGAGCUGUAGGCCAAGGCUUAUGGAGGCCACCAGGGUUAUUUAUGGAAGGCUUACUUGGGUAGAGGCCAAGGGCAAGCAAAUGGGCAUUAGUAGAGGAGGAGCUGGGCCCGUCUUGCCCAGGACACACAGACACCCCUGCAGAGACAGAGUGGAUCUCUGGGACUAGAGUUGUUUUGAGACCAUCGCUUGGCCUUUGACCACCCCUUCUGAUUUUUCUCCAGUGGUCUGAUCACGCCUGGGGGCUUCUCCUCGGUCCCCGCUGGCAUGGAGACGCCUGAACUCAUUGAACUGCGUAAGAAGAAGAUUGAGGAGGCCAUGGAUGGGUAAGUGUUGGCUUCUUCUUUCCUCAGCUGCGUCCCGGGGGUUGUUGGGUGCUUUGGGAGCAGGUGGGCAUGGCUUGCUCAAAUCAUGGGUCAAACAGGGGAGCCUGGAAGGCCACGAUUGGCCCACAAGCCAGAGGUUCCCCUCCCUUGUGGAAGAACCUUUUAGCACUGGCCCAGAGCUUUGUCUCCACUCCGUGUGGCAAGAUUCUUCCUGGCUAAUCUGCGCCCAUCCACCCUCUCUCUGCCCUUUCCCAUGAUGUUGAGUGUUUCUUCUCUCCCUCAUGUUCUCCUCAAUAGCAGCGAGACGCCCCAGCUCUUCACCGUUCUGCCAGAGAAGAGGACUGCGACAGUUGGCGGGGCCAUGAUGGGCUCCACUCACAUCUAUGACAUGGCGACGGUAAGAAGAGGCUGGCUUUAGUUCUGCCUUCUGCUGCAGGAUGUUUGGGCCCAAAUAGCUGAAGGAACACCUCCCAUAUUAACCGCAUGUGUUUUAAGAAUGUAGGAAGGGCCUGGCAGCAGGAUCUGGCCAAAGGCUCAUCUAGUUCUCCGUCCUGUUCUUGCAGUAGCCAGCAAGAUGCCUCCUACAAGCCUAAACACAGGACCUGAAUGCAGCAACCGUCUCCCUCCAUUGUGAUUCCCAGUAUCUGGAGGCACACUGCCUCAAACAUCAGAGCCUUCUGUGCAUUCUCCCUGUAGGAGAGGAAGCCUCUGAAUGUUCAAAAGAGUGCCUACUCUGUGGUGGCCCCUCAACCCUGCAGUGCUCUCUUAGUUGAGGGACACCUGGAGCCAGCACACUAGACUUCGUGGCACCAGGUUAAAAACUUUUUAAAAAUUUGCCCAGGCAUCUUGGGCUACUGCAUUCCCCCCCCCCCUUAUUUUUUUUAUUUUUGUUCCAUCGAUUUAUGCUUUCAAAUGCUGCCUUGUGGGUUUUCAUUUUGUACGUACGCUGCCCUGAAACCCAUUUUUGGAACAAGGUGUGCAGUGUAUGUGUUCUUAAAGCAAGCAAAUUCAGUUUUAGGCCUAGGUGAGCAGAGCAGGCUUGGAGGGGCAGCCACCUGGCUUCUGCUUCAGAUAUACUAGACUGGGGACGGAGAGAAGGAAAGUUAGCAACUGUCCUGGAGCAAAGUUCGACCACUGCGUCACUCUGCAGGGGCACGAGAACAAAAAUAAUAAUUAAAAUUACUGCCCUGUAGGUCCUUACAGACAUGUGUCACUUUAAGCUUAAAGAACCCUUGCUUCAAAUGUUUUAAUUCCUGUUCCCUGUUGCUUGAAAAGAGAGUUAAAUCAAAGGAAGUGGGAGAUCAGACCACAUCCUCAAGAAUUGUUCGUAGGGACAACGUUGCAUUGGUGGAGCCUGGUUCUCUGCACGUAAGACACACACACUUAAUUUCAGAGUAGACCCAUUGACAUGGGUGGCAACUUAGGUCCAUUAAUUUCAGCGGGUCUCUUGUGAAGCAGAAAUUACUUGGAUACCAGAGUCGCAGGUGGGAAAGUGGGACUUCAGUGAGAGAGAUGUAUGGAUGCACACACACAACAUGGCGUGUGUGUGAAGAGAGACAAAUGAGUGCUUGUCCAUAAAGCAUGUGUGAACAGGAGUUGGGCAGUUGCUCCUGAGUGAUACCCUCAGUUGGGGAGUCCCCCGUGUUGGCUUGCCCGCCUUCCUGCAGAUGGACUUACUCCAAAGCAAGGCUUUUGCAGGCAACUCUCUGCUUCCGCAGCUGAGAGGUGGGCUGCCUGCAACACCCCUCUGUGUUUGCACGUGGUUUGGGAGGCGAGAGAUAGUGACCCACCCACCCGCAAACACCUUACACCAGUAUCCGCUGUUGGCUGCCUCCUCCCUCCCCCCCCCCCCGCGUUCGCUUGCAGGUGAUGAGCCGCAAAGGUCCCGGGCCUGAGAUCCAGGGCGUGGAGGUGGCCUUGGCCCCUGAGGAGCUGGAGCUGGACCCCAUGGCCAUGACGCAGAAGUACGAGGAGCACGUGCGGGAGCAGCAAGCCCAGGUGGAAAAGGAGGACUUCAGCGACAUGGUGGCUGAGCAUGCUGCCAAGCAGAAGGUGAGGGGACCUGUGGAAUGGAGGGGACUUGCCAGCCUGGACAGUUGGCCAAGCCAUGAAGAGCUCCCACAGGCCAGGCUCUUUGCCUGCCUCUCUCCAGCACUGUGUAUUCUGGAACUGGCUCUGCAGGAGAGAAGGGCCUUUUCCGGCACCCACUAUCUGAUCUUAAGCUGGAGAUGCUGGGGUUUGACCCCAGGCCCUUCUGCAUGCCUAGCAGGUUCUCCAUUAUCCCUCUCAUGGGAUGUCCUAGAACAGGGUUUCCCAAACUUGGGUCUCUACCUGUUUUUGGACUACAGGUCCCAUCACCCAUGACCACUGGUGAUGAUGGGAGUUGUAUUCCUGAAACAGCAGAAAACCCAAGUUUGGGAAACCCUGUCCUAGAAUGACAAAAUGCAGCUGCUGUGAGGGAGGUGAAAGGGCUGUGGGUGGCUUUGGGGAGAGGAAUUCAAGCGGGGUUCAGGGAUGGGACAAAGGCUGGGUUGCUGGCAGGGAGGUGGGGGCCAAGAGAGCCAGUCUACUUGUCAGGUGUUGUGGAUGGAAGGGGGACAGCGAAAGCAGCAGGCCCCGUCAGAAACUUGUAGCAAGAAGCCGAGGAAAGGCAGAGGAGGGGGAAAGAGAUUACAGGGCCCUAAGGGAAGAAGGGGGGGCGGGUGGAGUUCACACAGCAGUUUGGGAGAGGUGGUGCAGUUGCAUAGCGGGUGGGGAGGGGUGUGUGCAGGCAUGCAUAUAUGCCUUUUCACAUUGGGGUUUUUUUGUGGGGGGUGGGGUGGAAUCAAAUUCUCCGGCAUUAUCAGCAUGUUGUGACUGCCCUCUCUGCUCCUCCAGCAAAAGAAGCGGAAAGCACAGCCCCAGGACACCAGGGCAGGAGCCAAGAAGUACAAAGAAUUCAAGUUCUAGCCCAGCUCCGAAAUGUCUCAGCGGUUCCUGUUUGUCAUUCAUUUUUAAUCCCCUCCCUCCCUCCCGCUUCCAUUUCUCCUUUGCACCCACUGGCUCUCGUGUUGUUCUCGUGUCUUCCGUCUGGAUAAAGAUGUGGAAUAUUUUGUAAAUAAAGUCAGAGUUGCUCUCUGG